AAGAGAGAAGGUAAAAGAACAAGAGAGGAACAAGAGCAUGUUGUGAUAGUGAAGGACCUUCCCCCCACCUGCAUUCAAUGCUUGUCUUACCCUCUCUAUUAUCUUUCUUCUGCCUACAAAUACUCUUUCUCUCUUCUCUUCUCUUGCACUUAAACAAAUUUUAAACUAUAUUUGUCUUGCUCUCAUCUCCCUAUAAACAGACACACGCAUAUAGUAUCCGAAGAAUAACAAGAAGGAGGUCAUGUCUUGCUCUGUGAAGCGUAGGCUCUCUUCGAUGGUGUUUUGUUUCAUUCUUCUGCUUUUGUCAUCCAACGUUGGUUGUGCCACUGCUCGGCGUCUAAGGUUUCACAAGCAUCAUCAUAAGGUUGCUUCUUUGGUACAAGACGUCAGGAGGGUGCUAGGUGGAGAGGAGACAGGGGGAGAUGUAGUAGUCAUGGAUUAUCCUCAGCCUCAUCGCAAGCCUCCCAUCCACAACGAGAAGGCUUGAUUAUAUAUCACACAUCAUAUACUGUCAUAUGCAUUCACCAUUUUGGUGGUUGUACUUGUAAUGACUCUUGUGCUAAUAUAAAUAUAUUUCAUGACCAAA